CUCUCUGGUCCUCAACCGAAGGUCAGUCCACAGGCUCCAAACAGGAAACAGCUGAAGCCAUAUCGCUCUCUCUCUCUCUCUCUCCUCUCUCUAACUGCCAAUGAGAGAGCCAAUCUCGCUCCUCCUCUUUCUCCUUCUCAUCCAUGGAGCUCUCCACCCAAGCUCCGUCACCGCCGGCGAUUUCACCGGCGACUACUCCAAGCUUUCCGGCAUCAUCAUACCUGGCUUUGCUUCCACUCAGCUCCGUGCCUGGUCCAUCCUCGACUGUCCUUACUCUCCUCUCGAUUUCAACCCUCUCGAUUUGGUUUGGCUCGACACCACCAAGCUUCUUUCUGCUGUGAACUGUUGGCUUAAGUGCAUGCUACUAGACCCUUACAAUCAAACAGAUCACCCUGAAUGCAAGUCGCGGCCUGAUAGUGGUCUUUCUGCCAUUACUGAACUUGAUCCAGGUUACAUAACAGGCCCUCUUUCUUCUGUGUGGAAAGAAUGGAUUAAGUGGUGCAUUGAGUUUGGUAUUGAACCUAAUGCAAUCCUUGCUGUUCCAUAUGAUUGGAGAUUGUCAGCAUCAAAGCUUGAAGAGCGGGAUCUUUACUUUCACCAGCUGAAGAUAACUUUUGAAACUGCUCUAAAACUUCGUGGUGGGCCCUCAAUAGUUUUUGCCCAUUCAUUGGGUAACCAUGUCUUCCGUUACUUUUUAGAGUGGCUAAAGCUAGAAAUUCCACCCAAAAAGUAUAUCCAGUGGCUAGAUGAACAUAUUCAUGCCUACUUUGCCGUUGGUGCUCCUCUUCUUGGUGCAAGUGAGACAGUCAAAGGAACCCUUUUUGGAUUCACAUUUGGUCUUCCUGUUUCUGAGGGAACAGCUCGAUUGAUGUUGAAUUCGUUUGGCUCUUCAUUAUGGAUGAUGCCAUUUUCACAACAUUGUAGAGCGGAUAAUCUCUAUAGGAAGCAUUUCUCUCAUUGGAGUAGGAGCAGCCAUCAAACAUAUCAGUGUGAUGAACAGGAAUUUCGGCAAAAUUACUCUGGAUGGCCAACAAAUAUAAUCAAUAUUGAAAUUCCUUCAAUUCCAGGAAUGGAUGCCUACCCGUCAGUUUCAGAAGUAGCACAGACCAACUUAUCUAACAUGGAAUGUGGACUCCCCACUCAGUUAUCCUUCUCCGCUCGUGAGAUAUCAGAUGGAACCCUUUUCAAAGCAAUAGAGGGUUAUGAUCCAGAUAGCAAGAGGCUCUUGUACCAAUUACAGAAGUUAUAUCAUGGUGAUCCAGUUUUGAAUCCACUUACACCAUGGGACAGACCACCUUUAAAGAACAUUUUUUGUAUCUAUGGAAUAAAUAUAAAGACUGAGGUUGGUUAUUAUUUUGCACCAAGUGGAAAGCCGUAUCCUGAUAACUGGAUCAUGACUGAUGUCAUUUAUGAGAUUGAAGGAUCUUUAGUCUCAAGAUCAGGAAAUCUAGUUGAAGGGAACCCAGGAGCUGCCAGUGGGGAUGAGACGGUUCCAUACCAUUCUCUCUCUUGGUGCAAGAAUUGGCUUGGGCCAAAAGUGAACAUAACAAGAGCUCCUCAGUCGGAGCAUGAUGGAUCUGACAUACAAGUGGAGUUCAAUGUAGAACAUCAUCCUGAUGAAGAUAUAGUUCCCAAUAUGACAAGGUCACCUCGGGUUAAGUAUAUAACCUAUUAUGAAGAUUCUAAAAGUAUUCCAGGAAGAAGGACAGCGGUUUGGGAGCUUGAUAAAGCAAAUCAUAGAAACAUUGUCAGAUCGCCGGUUCUGAUGCGGGAGCUAUGGCUCCAGAUGUGGCAUGAUAUUCAUCCUGAUGCAAAAUCAAAAUUUGUCACUAAAGCUAAGCGUGGACCUUUGAGGCAUGAGGACUGCUAUUGGGAUUAUGGAAAAGCUCGUUGUGCUUGGCCCGAGUACUGCGAAUAUAGGGAAAGGUUGAGGAUUCUAGGGUUCAGUCUCAGAUACUGUGUACUCAAUUUUUGGCUGUCAGCAUUUCUGGUAGGUGGAAUCCAUGAGCCCUUAUGGCUCCAUUAUUUUUCAUCUACUGGAGUAAUGGAUAACAAGUUGAACUUCUGACAAACUUCAAGCAUGCCCAAGAUUUAGCAUUCUCAAGAAUAGUUCCCAAUUGCAGGAAAAAAUUUUGAAUAUUCAUUUAUCAAAAUCAUUUACUCAUGGUUGACGAAUCCGCCUGUGAGUAAGAUUGGUACUAGGUUCAUACUGUAUCUUCAACAAAAUCGUAGUCUAUCAAGUGUUCACCCUUCAUUCAUUAAUCAUGAAAAGUUGAAUUCCUUAUUUUGCAAGUUUUGAAAUACUAUGCCUAGCUAGAAGUGAUAGUGGAUGAGAAAAGAAGUGGAUUGGUUGUAUCCUCAGAUCUUUUUCUUAAUAAAUACAAGCAAGGAUUUCUUUUCCUUUUUUCUUUUU